AUGAAUGGUAAGCAGUGGCACUGUUUGUUUUUGUAUGGAGCUUCGCAAUACCAUCUCCGAGCAAACCAAUGGUGGGAUUUAUCUACUCUUCUUCAAUCUUAUACUAAUUACUUGAUCAUUGGGGACAUCAACCAAUUGGAUCUCUAUUCUGACAAACUGGGAGGCAGUGCACUCAUCCGAGGUUGGGAAGUGAUACUUGAAUGGAAACUUAAUUUACAUGUGCUAGAUGUUCCCUUCACCGGCCCUCGUUAUACUUGGACGAACAACAGGGCUAAUGAUAAUCUGAUUAUGGAAAGGCUGGAUAGAGCUUAUGCAUCCCCGGCAUGGUUGUCGGAUCACCCGGAUUCCAUUAUUAAAAACAUGCCAAUUACAAUUUCUGACCAUGCCCCGAUUCUGCUUCAAACGGAACCGACCCAGAUUUCGGGGAAGCGACCGUACCAAAUAAAAUCUUGGAGCCUUCGUUUCCAGGAAGUCACAUAUAUGGUAACUAACAUAUGGGAAUUACAUAUUGUCGAAUCUUCGGCCUAUGUUUUAUCUCGAAGGUUGGCUUUGCUUCGAAAUCGUCUUAAGGCUUGGAGUCUCGAUAGGAAAUUAUUCUGGGGUAUCAACUGGAAAAAAUUGCUAGAACGUCUCCAACAUUAUGCUGGAAAUAUUGAUACUUUGCAGGAUGGCGUACUUUUCACACAGCAGCAUCACUCUUUAUGUCAGGAGACCCAAGUUGCAUAUGAUUAUUAG